AUGUACUCGAGGCAGCACACCCCCCCUUCGUCCUACGGCUCCUAUUGCCAGGACGCUCAGACCUCCUUCGAGGCCCCUUCGGGUUACCUGACGCCCGAUGCUUCUCCGGAGUGCGGUCUUGCCACCGCGCCCACUCCGGCAAGAUCGCCCGUCCGUCAGCAUGGCCCUCUCUUGUUGCCCAAGAUCCGGUCGCAGGAUCAGACCACUGAGCCCUCGACUUCUGGCCCCAUCAGGCACCGCCGGACGGCGUCUGCGGCCAGCGGCAUCUCCAACUACAACCCCUACGCGCGUCCUUCGUCUGUGGGUCGCCGCUCGACCAGCCCCCUCAGCAACGCUUCGUAUGGCUCCCCCGCCCCCUCCAUGUUCGACUUCGGCUCUGGCCUGAACUCCCCCAUCAACCUCUCGCGCCGUCCUUCCAUGGCAACCCACUCCCGCUCUCACUCGGCCCACUCGGUCUCUGGUGUCCGGUCCCACUCUCGCUCUAGCUCUGCUACUAGCAUCGACGAGAGCGUCAUCAACCGCUAUGGCUACCCCACCUACCGCAACCUGCCGAACUAUGUCACCCAGAGCUCGGCGGCUCAGGCGGCUUCGUACAACCUGGCAACGGCCAUGCCCAUGAACACCUUCCCCCUUCAGACCACCACUUCUUUCGAGGACCAGGUCCCUGCUGUUGCCCCUCCCGUCCAGCAGCCCAUGGCUGCUGAGCUCCAGUACGGUGCCUUCGACCAGCCCGCCUCUACCACCACCCUUCUGGACUACCUCACCAGCGCCAACCCUUCUCCCGCUCUCGUCCAGCGCGUCACCACUGGUGCUCGCAACCUGACCGGCAGCCACUACUGGUGGGACAUCCGCAACCUCCGCAGCUGGGAUGACUUCAACAUCGAGACCAUCAGCUCCAUCCCCGGACUGAUGCCUCUCCUCCAGAUCCCUAUUGAUGCCAUGUCCCUUCCCACCCCUCCCAAGGCCAACAUGAUGCCCGAGAGCGAGUCUGCCCUUCACGACAUCAUCCGUGAUUACUACGGCACCAAGGUCAGCGCCGCUCUCAACAUCGCCCAGGGCAACACCCACAUGUCUCUUCGUUCCCGCAAGGGUCUUCCCACCAACCAGACCCCCGUCGACUUCGUUUCCAACUACCAGACCGACUACGAGAAGACCAUCUACGGUGACCAGCGCGGCCGUGUCGUCGGAAUCGUCAAGUCGUACGACCAGUGGAACACUGGCAUGCGCUCCGAGGCACCCAACAAGCAGGUCUACUACCUGGCUGGCCUUGCCCACCUGCACCGCGUUAUGCGCGAGCACGGUUGCCGCUACGGAUUCAUCAUGACCGAGAUCGAGAUGCUUUGCGUCCGCUGCGGUGGUGACCCCUCCAACCCUGGUCAGACCAUGGACACUGCCACCGUCAGCUCUGACGCCGGCUCUGGUGUGCCGCUCUUCGGCUACCUCGAGCUCAGCGCUCCCAUCCAGAUCUCCAACAGCGGCCUCCGCGUCGACUCGGAGACUGGCGAGCAGACCCCCCAGAUGACUGCCGGUCUGGCUCUCUGGUACCUGCACAUGCUGGCCAAGGAGAACCCGCUCCCUGGCAUCCACGGCAGCUGGCGCAUGGAGGUUGGUGGCCCCGCUGCCCUCACCCGCCAGCACUGCCAGGAGAAGGACGCGUGGAUUCCCAAGCCCAACCUCAGCGAGAAGCGCGAGGCCAAGCGCCUGCGCGGCUGGGUGUUCCCGGACGAGCCGCUCAACAGGAAGGAGCUGGGCAAGAGCAAGAGGUCGAGGUCGAGCAGGUAA